AUGCUUGGUCUCAGCUUAUUAUUACUGUUAUUUGGCUACUCUACAGCCGAUAUAUUCACUGCCGUAGCGGACAUGGAGCGAAUGCUCACUGGAGAGAAAGGAAUCACAAAUGUUAUCGAAAGCUACAUCCAACAAGAACAACAACGGCUAGACGAACUCAAGAGAUUCGCUGACGAGUACGUUCUUCGAAAUAACGAUGCUGCAGAUGUUGGACCGGACUUUGUAACAAAUCCUGUCAAUGCAUAUCUGUUGAUUAAGCGCUUGACUUCGGAAUGGAAGAAGGUCGAACAUCUUAUGCGCAACAACGUAGCCGACAGAUACAUCCAAAAUAUCACGGCAAAUCGAGUGCGCAACCAGGUGAAAUUCCCCGAGGAAGAAGACUUGUCUGGAGCAGCGGUUGCCAUUCAUCGACUGCAGGACGUUUACAAGUUGGACAGUGUCGACAUCGCUGAUGGUAUAAUACUGGGCGAGAAAGUCUCGCAUCCGCUCACUGCACAUGAUGCAUUUGAAGUUGGACGAGCAGCAUACAAUCAGAAAGACUAUUAUCACACUCUACUUUGGAUGCAAACGGCCUUGAACAAGUUGGAAAACGAAGAAUUAAAAACAAUACCAGAGGAGGAAAUCCUAGAGUAUCUUGCAUUUUCUCUCUAUCAGCAAGGAAAUGUUCGCCGGGCGUUGGCUCUGACGAAGAAACUAGCAGAAAUCUCACCGAAUCAUCCAAGAGCAAAAGGCAACGUGAAAUGGUACGAAGAUAUGCUACAAGAGAAGGAUAUGGAAGGAGAGCUUCCGCCCAUCAUUAAUAAGCGUGUCGCAUAUGAUGGCAUCGUCGAGCGUGAUGCUUACGAGGCUCUCUGUCGUGGUGAAGCUCCGAAACUUGACCCAUCAAAGGAAAAACUGCUGUACUGCUACCUUAAGAUGGACAAACCUUUCUUGCGGUUGGCCCCAAUCAAGGUCGAAAUUCUGCUGCUUGAUCCUUUGGUGGUACUGUUUAAGGAAGUUCUGUCGGAGUACGAGAUGGAAGUGAUCAAAACAACGGCAACCCCCAAGCUCAAACGUGCUACUGUACAGAAUGCUAAGACGGGCGAUCUAGAACCGGCCGAUUACCGUAUCAGUAAAAGCGCUUGGCUGAAAGAAGAUGAGCAUGAGGUUGUUGCUCGAGUGAAUAGGCGAAUAGAGGAUAUGACGAAUUUGAAUCAGAAAACUUCAGAAGAGCUGCAGGUAGCAAACUACGGCCUCGGAGGGCACUACGAUCCCCACUUCGAUUUCGCACGAAAGGAAGAAAAGAACGCAUUCAAGUCACUCAAUACUGGAAAUAGAAUAGCCACCGUGCUAUUUUACAUGGCGAAGCCCGAACAUGGAGGAGCGACAGUCUUUAACCAUCUUGGCACGGCUGUAUUUCCAUCAAAAGGAGAUGCACUAUUUUGGUACAAUUUAUUGAGAAGUGGUGAAGGAGAUAUGCGAACGCGGCAUGCAGCUUGCCCCGUACUGCUUGGAGUAAAAUGGGUUUCCAAUAAGUGGAUUCACGAACGAGGUCAAGAGUUCACUCGCCCAUGUGGAUUAGAUGAAACGGUGCAAGAACGCUUUGUUGGAGAUCUCAGCCCGACUUCCAAAAGUAAAUCGUCACUUCAGUAGAUGACAUUCGCUAAUGCAGGACGAUAUUUGGCCCUAUAUAAGUUGCUGAAACCAGAAUUCACUUGUUGUUCUUUUGGCACCGUAGUUCACUGUUCCAUACAUGUCUUUCUUCAACACGACUUAUUGGAAAAUAGCCUGCCACCUAUUGUAGGAUCUAUUUAACUUAUUAACUGUUAACUUAUUUUGAUGCUGUUUUGCUCUUUGUGAUAAAUGC